GUGAAAGUAAAACUAAACAGAUGAACAGGAAGCUUCUUCAGAACAACAUUUCUUUUCAGAAACUCUGAAAUUAACAAUCAAAUCUUAUAUUAACUCACAGUCAUGGCAUCCUCCAGUGGUCCAGCACUAAAUGAGGAGCUCCAGUGCUCCAUCUGUCUGGAAGUGUUCACUGAUCCAGUCACCACUCCAUGUGGACACAACUUCUGCAGAACCUGCCUGAACAAGUGCUGGACGAACACACAGACCUACUUCUGUCCACUCUGUAAAGAAACAUUCGGCAGAAGACCUGAUCUCAAGAUUAAUACAACACUCAGAGAGGUUGCACAACACUUUAAGGAGAAGCUCAAUCUAGGAGAAUCUGAGGUGUUCUGUGACAUUUGUGAUGAAAGAAAGCAGAAAGCUGUGAAGUCCUGCCUGACGUGUCAAAUCUCUUACUGUGACGAUCAUCUGGAGCCUCAUCUCAGAGUCCUACGUCUAAAGAAACACAAACUCAUCAACGCUGUGGAAAAUCUGGAGGAUUAUAUAUGCCAGAAACACGAGAGACCUCUGGAGAUGUUCUGCAGAGAUGAUCAGAUGUGUGUUUGUCUGUCCUGCACUGAAGGAGAACACAGGACUCACAACACUGUUCCUAUAGAGGAGGAGAGUCGAGAGAAGAAGAAUCAGCUGGUUCAGACACAGACUGAUGUUCAUCAGAUGAUCGAGGACAGAAUGAAGAAGAUUCAAGAGAUCAAACACUCAGUAGAUCUGAGAAAGAGAAACACAGAGAAAGAGAAAUCAUCCAGUGUUGAGAUCUUCACUGCUCUGAUCCGCUCCUUUGAGAGAAUUCAGUCUGAGCAGCUGAAGAAGAUGGAGGAACAGCAGAAAGAAGCAGAGAAACAGGCUGAAGAUCUCAUUAAAGAGCUGCAGCAGGAAAUCACUGAGCUGAAGAAGAGAAACACUGAGCUGGAGCAGCUCUCACACACUGACGAUCAUCUCCAUGUCAUACAGAUGUGCUCAUCCCUGUUCAGUCGUCCACACACCAAGAACUGGACUGAGAUCAGGAUUGACUCUGAUGUGAAUGUGAUCCCUCUGAAAAAAGCUCUGACACAAGUAAAAAAAAAACUAGAUGGGAUUCUAAAGGAAAAACUUGGUCAAACUGGGUUGAAGUUUGUGCAGAAGUAUGCAGUGGAUGUGACUCUGGAUCCUGAUACAGCGAAUCCAUAUCUCAUCCUGUCUGAUGAUGGAAAACAAGUCAGUUAUGGAAACAUUAAGCAGGACGUCCCAGAAAACCCAAAGAGAUUAGCUGACAGAUCUGUUCUGGCAAAGGAGGGAUUCAGUUCAUGGAGAUUCUACUAUGAGGUGCAGGUGAAGGGAAAGACUAAGUGGGGUUUAGGAGUGAUUAAAGAAUCCAUUAACAGGAAGAAGAAGAUUUUCCCAAGUCCUGAGAAUGGAUUCUGGAUUCUGAUGCUGAAGAAUGAGAAUCAAUAUGCAGCUUAUGAUAAUUCAUCUGUCUCUUUAUCUCUGAAAGUGAAACCUGAGAAGGUGGGAGUGUUUGUGGAUUAUGAGGAGGGUCUGGUCUCUUUUUAUGACGUGGGCUCCGGCAAUCAUAUCUACUCUUUCACUGGUCAGACUUUCACUGACAAACUCUAUCCAGUGUUUGACCCAUGCUUUAAUGAUAAAGGUAAAAACUCAAACCCACUGAUCAUCACACUUAUCAAAUAAAAUGAACAAAUACAUCCCUCCAAAAUAUGAAACAUGAAAUCUGGAAAGUUUAUAUAUGCAUAAAAUAAUCUUUUUUAAAGGAUUAGAAUAUGCAUAAAAUUCUGCAUAAUAUUCUAAACUUCUACAUCUGUAAGAAAAUUUCCAUUAUCUCUCUCUUCUCCAGCUGUUAACUUGUUGCAAGUUUUGGUUUACAUUUUAAUAACUGCAGCAUCUGAAUAAAGACAAGUAUUAAAUUCUAUUAUACUGCAUGUAAACUAAAUUGUUUGCUAAUAAAUAUACAAAUACACAA